AUGGGAAUUUUACAGGACAUCGAACCGGGUUACACAAAUAUGGUUCAAGAACAGAUGAAACUUACCGGAACCCUUGAGGGACACACCGGAUGGGUCACUCAAAUCGCUACCUUCACCCGUAACGACAAAACCACCGUUCUUUCAUCUUCUCGCGGUAAGUUUUUCAUGAAAUUAUAUUUUUUGGUUAAUUUAUUUAUAUUUUGAUUUUUAGACAAGUCGAUCCUUGUCUGGGAUGUUGACAGCACUCCAUCAUCCGACGGAGGACCAAUCGGACGUCCAGUCAGAGCUCUUACCGGACACAACCACUUCGUUUCCGAUGUUGUCAUCUCAUCCGACGGACAAUUCGCCCUCUCCGGAUCAUGGGACAAGACCCUCCGCCUUUGGGAUUUGAACCAGUAAGUUCUUUAUCCAUACGAAUGUGUGUUUAUGAAGCAUAUUCGUGUUUGAGAAGAGGGUUGCUUAGAUUCUGAUCUCUGAUCUUGGAUUUUUCAUGAAAAAAUAAGAUGUAUUCUUCUUAAAUUUCCAGCUUUAAUACAAAUAAUUUUCAGAGGAGUCUCCACUCGUCAAUUCAUCUCUCACACCAAGGAUGUCCUCUCCGUCGCUUUCUCUGCUGAUAACAGACAAAUCGUCUCUGGAUCCCGCGAUAAGUCAAUCAAAUUGUGGAACACCCUUGCUCAAUGCAAAUACACCAUCACCGUGAGUUUUUCAUUUGGUUUUUACAAAAAAUUUCAAAUUCUUGUUUAGGAUGACUGCCACACCGACUGGGUUUCAACCGUCCGAUUCUCGCCAUCAAACCGCGAUCCAGUUAUUGUUUCUGCUGGAUGGGACAAGGUUGUCAAGGUCUGGAACCUCGGAAACUGCCGUCUGAAGACCAACCACAUCGGACACACCGGAUACGUCAACACCGUUACCGUUUCACCAGACGGUUCCCUCUGCGCUUCAGGAGGUAAAGACGGACAAGCCAUGCUCUGGGACCUCAACGAGGGAAAACACUUGUACACCCUCUCCGGAAACGACGUCAUCAACGCCAUGUCCUUCUCACCAAACAGAUAUUGGCUCUGCGCCGCUGUUGGAUCAUCCAUCAAGAUCUGGGAUUUGGAAGACAAGAAAGAAAUCGACGAACUCAGACCAGAAAUCGCCGGAAAGGGAUCAGGACCACAAUGUAUCUCUUUGGCCUGGUCACAAGACGGACAAACCUUGUUCGCUGGUUACACCGAUAACAUCAUCAGAGUCUGGCAAGUGUCUGUUCGCGCUUCAAGCUAA